UGACGUUAAAUUCAUAUAUUUAUUUUAGACUGCAGUCAGAAGAGAAGGUUUGAAGCACUUAAAUCCCUAAAAAUAAAAUAGCAUCACAUCAUGAUCAGGAAAGGCGUUUAUUUAUUGUUUCUUGUGCCCGCGCAAAUUGCAUUUGCACAGGAGGAAGAUGCGCGUAUCGUACAAUAUACUGAAGAAUCAUUCUCUGAGGGAGAUAAAUCGCAUCCUUGUUAUUCUAUGUACCAUAACUCCAAUUUAAACGAUGCUACUCGAUUUUAUUGGAAGCACCUACAUAAAUAUUAUAACAGAUAUAAUCACGAUCAUCUGAAGUUGAAAAGUAUUGACUGUACUACUCACGAAUCUAUAUGCAUUCGUGAGCAUAUUACCUAUUUCCCUACCUUCAAGUUAUUUAUAGAUGGAGAAAGAAAACGCAUUACGUACCAUGGUAAACAAGAACUAGCCACCACGAUUGCAUUUAUUGACGAGCAACUGAUGAAUGAGCAAAUCAUUUCGGUACUACUGACAGUAAUGCACGAGAAUAGUGGGAUGACCACCUGA